AUGUCAGAAACUGUCAAUGGUCGACCAAAACAUUUUGGAAUAACACCGCCUAUUGCUACGGCUUUUCCUAAUGAACGAGAAAUAGAAGUCACAGAUUUGUUAGUGGCAGAACUUAAGAAACAGGGAACUUUUGAGAGUGAAGAAGAAAGCAGAAUGCGCGAAUUAGUUCUUGGCAGGCUUGACCAACUUGUUAAAGAUUUUGUUUAUAAGAUAAGCCUAAAAAGAAGCUUAUCAGAAGCCGACGCCAGAGAGGCAGGCGGCAAAAUAUUUACUUUUGGAUCUUAUAGACUUGGAGUUCAUGGGACAGGUACCGAUAUCGAUACUUUAUGUGUUGUCCCGCGUCAUGUGCAACGAGAGGAUUUCUUCAAUGAUAUGCACGAUGCUCUUGCUCAAUUACAGGAAGUUACAGAGUUGACGAGCAUAGCUGACGCAUUCGUCCCGGUUAUAAAGAUGAAGUUUCAAAAUAUUCCGAUUGAUUUAGUAUUCGCAAGCCUGGGCGUGAAUAAAGUUACAGAUGAUCUUGAUUUGAGAGAUAACUCUCUGCUAAAAAAUUUAGAUGAGCCUUGUAUUAGGAGCUUAAAUGGCUCACGAGUGACCGACGAAAUACUUCGUCUUGUACCAAACAUUCCUGCUUUCAGGACAUCCUUACGUUGCAUAAAACUUUGGGCAAAAAGGCGUGCAAUUUACUCAAAUGUUUUGGGCUUUUUUGGUGGUGUAGCUUGGGCUAUGUUAAUUGCCCGGAUCUGUCAACUAUAUCCGAAUGCAAUUGCUGGCGCAAUAGUGUCGCGUUUUUUCAUAAUAAUGUAUCAAUGGAAAUGGCCCCAACCAGUGUUGCUGAAACCAAUAGAAGAAGGCCCUCUUCAAGUCAGAGUGUGGAAUCCAAAGCUCUAUCCUAUAGACCGGGGACACUUGAUGCCAAUAAUUACGCCUGCUUAUCCAUCUAUGUGCGCCACCCACAAUGUGACAGCUUCCACAAAGAAAAUUAUUGAAUCUGAAUUUAAACGAGCUGCUGAGAUCGCCGACAAGGUCAUGAUUGGUACCGGCAAAUGGGCAGAGCUAUUCAAAAAGCAUGACUUCUUUGAACGGUACAAGUAUUAUUUACAAAUAAUAGCAUCAUCGGAUUCGCCAGAACGUCAGUUAAAAUGGGCUGGCAUGGUUGAGUCGCGAAUUCGUCAUCUUAUCAAUAGAUUAGAAUUAGUAGAAAAUCUUGGUUUAGCACACCCAUAUGUAAAAGGUUUCGAUAAGAUUCAUCACUGUGCAAAUGAUCAGGAAGCGCAAGAUGUUGCUUUCGGCAUCUGCGAGCAUUGUGAAGAGAACAACUCCGAACAUACACAGGAUAGUAAGAGAGAUGGAAAGCCAGGGGGGAGGAUCGUGUGCACUACGACUUUUUAUAUUGGAUUACGUAUUGAGUUCCGCGCUGGUGGUUCAAAUCCAAAGCAACUAGAUAUUUCAUGGCCCACCAGUGAAUUUACAAAAAUGGUCAAGUCAUGGGAUAAAUACGAUGAAAAAUCGAUGGGUGUAGCUGUAAAAUAUGUGAAAAACAAUCAAUUACCAAAAGAAGUCUUCGAAGGUGAGCCAAGAAAGCGUAAGGUUAAUAGUAAUAGUAGUAAAUCCACAGGAAAGAGAAAACUCCCAGAAGGUUCAAGUUCUCCUGGAGAGUCAAUGGCACCAAUUGGAUCAUCUACUGAACCGUCUCCCAAGAAAAUUCGUAAAUCUAAUCAAUAUCUGAGUGAAAGUAGUCAGUGUUAA